AUGGAAGAAGAAUUGAGGUGUUUUGUAUGUAAAGAAUUUUAUAGGGAACCAGUACUGCUUCCUUGCGGUCAUGCGUUAUGUCGCGUGUGUGCUACAGGCUUACAGACUCACGUACACGAGGGUGAUAAUAAUUCGACUGUAACAACCGACUACCAGGAGGCGGAUAAAGCAUCUGUAUCGAGUGAAACGGAUAGUGGUGUAGUUUGUGGAUCAAGGCCAAAUAGCUACGCAGGCACUCCUGCUGUUCCGGCAUACGUGUCCGCAGCGUUUAGUUUAACAUGUCCGUUGUGCAACAAACAAGUAUUUUUAGAUGACAAUGGAGCCGAAGGCCUUCCACCUUUUCGCGUAAUGCGAACGAUUGUGGAACGAUUUGGUGGAAUAAGUGUAGCCCCUCCUGCUGAAGAAGCAUGUCAAAUGUGUGAAGGUGAGAGGCGUGCAGCUGUGGUACGAUGUGAACAAUGUUCAGUGCGGUACUGUGCGAGCUGUAGAGAUGCAUGGCAUCCAAUAAGAGGGCCUUUGGCACAACAUGAGCUUAGAGCAUUAGGAACUACUUGUACAGAUCAUGGAUCAGUACCUGUCCUUUAUUGCAAUACUUGCCUUCUUCCUAUUUGUCAACGAUGUCUUGUAGAGAGACAUUCUGCACAUGAAACUCAACACUUAUCUAGUGCAGCUAGACUUCAUAAGACUGAAUUAUCGCAAACUCUUCAUCAAUUAUCAGAAGAAGCCAAAGCAAUGACUGAAUAUAUUCAACUAGUCAAGGGAUCAGGAGAUAAAAUUAAUGAAUCAUGUGAGGAGCUGGAAAGACAAAUAGACCAGACAUGUGCAGAAAUUACCCGUGCAGUAGAACGGAGGCGAGACGAAUUAGUUAGGGCAGCGCGAAACACUAGAUCACAAGCCGUAGCCAACAUGCGCUCUCUAACCUCACAGGCCGCGCAGAAGCUACGUGAGGCAACAGCAUUACUGCAUUUCUCUAUUGAAGCUCUAAAAGAAUCUGAUCAUGCCGCUUUCUUACAGGUCGGUAAAAUUUUGUCAGCACGGGCUCAAGAGACGACGACUGGGUUACGUUCGUCUUUGGACGCCCCGCCCUCUCCCCCCGCGCUCACGCUCGACAUCGAGCCCGUGUUGCGCACCGUCAAUACUAUGAACUUUGUUGAAUGCAUACCUCCAGAAAAGGAAAUGAAGACAUCAGCGCCAAGCGCUCCCGAGAUGGCGGUGGAGGCGUGCGCGGCGCGCGGCUGCUCGUGCACGCUGGCGUGGCGCGCGCCCAGCGCUCCGCAGGCUGUGCGCGGGUACGUGCUCGAGCUCGACGACGGGCUGGGCGGACCUUUCCGGGAAGUUUACUGUGGGAGGGAGACAGUGUGCACAAUCGAUGGCCUCCACUACGCUUCGUUGUACAGCGCUCGAGUGAAGGCCUUCAAUGGUGCGGGAGAAGGGCCGUACAGUGAAGUGAUAGGUUUACAAACUUCGCCUGUGGCGUGGUUCACGUGGGACGCGCGGUGCGCGGCGGGCGCGCGCGCGGAGGGCGGGCUGGCACUGAGCGCGGACGGGCUGUGCGCGCGCGCGGGCGGCUGGCAGCCGCGCGUGGCGCUGGCCGACCAGCCGCUGGCGCGCGGCCUGCACUACUGGCGCCUGCGGGUCGACGACUACGACGGCGACGCCGACCCCGCCUUCGGCGUGGCCAGGGCGGACGUCGCCAGGGAUAAGAUGCUCGGUAGCGACGCGCUAGGCUGGGCGAUGUACAUAGACGGGUCGCGGUCGUGGUUCGUGCACGGCGGCGCGCACGGCGGCCGCGCGGCCGGCGGCGUGGCGCGCGGCGCCUGCGUCGGCGUGCUGCUCGACCUCACGCGCGGCACGCUGCGCUUCACGGUGGACGACCGCCCGCAGGGCGACAUAGCGUUCACGGGGCUGCGCGGCGCCUUCUACCCCGCCGUGUCGCUGAACCGCGGCGUGGCCGUCACGCUGCAGCCCGGCCUGCCGCCGCCACCCGACCUGCUCAUGUCCAACCUUACCAUAGAC